AUGGACGCGUUCAUAUGUCGCAAGAGGCGACGGAUUUCACCCCCGCAGGCCGGCUAUGCUUCUGUCAAGAACCCGACGACGACACUAUCAAAUAAUGAAGACGAGGGCAACGAUGAGCAAGAAUCUACUGAUGUCAAGCUAGCAAUCCUCUCGUCCCUCCACCCAGAGCGACCUCCAGAAGAUCUCCUCGAAAUCCUCUUGAGCUGCGAAGGCUCCGUCGACGAUGCAGUCGAGACACUGUCGAGGGGCACAAAUACGAGCACAAGUACAUCACCAGCGACAAAACAGCGUCGACUCACCAUACCUGGCUUGCAGAGCGCUCUUCCGUUUGCUUCCGCGGAGAAGAGAUGGCCGGGCCCGUCGUCAAAGACCUUGACAAAGAAAGGAAAGACGUUACAUCUGUAUGCGCCAGAGGACAUUGCACAGCACACGCCGUGCUCGGUCAUCCACAAUUUCCUUCCAACGGAUCUAUCCAACGCUCUCCUCGAUGAGUUACUCGUCGAAGUACCCAGUUACGAGAGCAUCAGUUUCAAGAUCUUCGACAACGUCGUCAAAUCGCCCCACACGGCAUGCUUCUACGUUGACAGCCUCGCCGACAUACAACGCCAGAGGAGCGAGUAUUACUACAACGGCAAUGACUUGGGAGAUAUCCGGCAGAUCCUGCCUGUGAUGCGCCAAGUGAGCGACCUCGUCGGUGAUGCUGUCAAUGAGGAGAUCGCCAUCCGCAUCCGUGACUUCUACCCUGGCGGUAAGAAGCUGCAAUACCAGACGUCGAGACCGUGGCAACCAAACGCCGCGUUUGUCAAUUGCUACGACGGCGGCUCCCAACACGUCGGUUACCACUCGGACCAGCUGUCAUAUCUAGGCCCACGUGCCGUGAUCGGGAGCCUGAGUCUUGGAGUGGCACGGGAAUUUCGGGUGCGCAAGAUCGUGCCCAAGAACGACGAAGAAAUGCCGGCAUCAGAAUCUGCCAAGUCGUCGUCCACCGACGUGUCGGGUCAAAUCGCCAUCCACCUGCCUCACAACUCGUUGUUGGUCAUGCAUGCCGAGAUGCAGGAGGAAUGGAAACACAGCAUCGCCCCAGCUCCAACUGUCACACCGCACCCCCGCGCGGGUAACAAACGCAUCAACAUCACUUACCGCUGGUACCGAGAAGAAUUCCGGCCCAAGUAUACGCCGAAAUGUCGCUGCGGGGUGCCGUGUGUGCUGAAGACGGUGCAGAAGCAGAAGGCCACACGUGGACGCUAUAUGUGGACGUGCCAAGUAGGCAACAAGCCAGGAGGUGUAGGUUGCGGAUGGUUUGAGUGGGCGAGGUUUACGGAUGAUGGAGUUCCAGUUAGUUGGAGGGGUGGUGGUGAUGGUACUUAUGACGGCGGUGAGGGUGGUGAGGGUGAUGAGGGUGAUGAGGGUGACGGUGGUAGGAAUACAGGUUUUGUUGGUGGUGAUGGUACUUAUGACGGCCGUGACGUGGAUGAAGGUAGUGGAGGCGGUAAGGGAGAUGCUGGAGAUGAUGGUGAUGACGGUAAUGACGGCCACGACUCUCAUCAUGAAACUCGCCUGCACAAUCCUCAAUCCAUUGCGCAAUGGGCUCUUUAUGAGCAAGGGAACGAUUCUAGUUGA